AUGGCCACUGUCAUUGCCACUGUGAUGCAUCUCCUGCUUCUAGCCUGGUUGCCUACUGGGAUCACCCACCAAGAUCUCUCAUUCCGGGGGAGACCCCGAAGCCAUGGGACCCUGAGGUGCUACUCUGCUGAGGAACUGUCUCAUGGCCAGGCUCCCCCACACCUGCUAACUCGAAGUGCCAGGUGGGAGCAGGCCCUCCCUGUGGCCCUGGUGUCCACUUUGGAGGCCACGGGCCAUAGGAGACAGUAUGAAAGACCUCUAGCUGGAACACAGUGCCCUGUGCUGCGACCAGAGGAUGUACUGGAAGCUGACACCCACCAGCGCUCCAUCUCACCAUGGAGAUAUCGCAUCGACACCGACAAGAACCGCUACCCACAGAAGUUGGCGGUGGCGGAAUGCUUGUGUCGUGGCUGCAUCAACGCCAAGACCGGCCGUGAGACAGCCGCCCUGAACUCUGUGCAGCUGCUGCAGAGCCUGCUGGUACUGCGGCGACAGCCCUGCUCCCAGGACGGUACAGCGGACCCUACCCCAGGAUCCUUCACCUUCCACACUGAGUUCAUCCGAGUGCCUGUCGGUUGUACCUGUGUUCUUCCCAGGUCUGCACAGUGA